AUGGGGAUCGAUUUUCAGUUUUCACCGGCUGACGAGAACCAGCUACUUGCCGUUUCAAGCUGGGAUGGCGUUAUUCGCAUCUAUCAUUUCCCGACCAGCCCGAUUAUUGCUCUCGAAAAGUACUCGUACAGUCAUUCCAAGGCCGUCUUAUCUUGCGCUUUUUUUAGUAAAAGUGAUGUUGUAAGUGGUGGCAUGGACAACAUUAUCAAGACGUAUAAUUUGGAAAACAAAGCGGAAUAUGUUCUUGGACAUCACGGUGCUCCGGUACGAUGCUUGGAAUAUUGCAAAGAUCAUAAUUUGAUCGCUUCCGGAGGCUGGGAUUCUGCACUUAUGCUGUGGGAUACACGAACAAAGAAGUCUGCUGGUUUUGCAAACAAUGGUGACAAAGUGUAUGCAAUGGAUACCUACAAGGAACGUGUUCUGGUCGGUACAAAAGAUCGAAAAAUCAUUAUGUGGGAUGUGCGUAAUCUUGGCCAGCCUGAACAGAUACGAGAAAGUCCACUGAAAUUUCAAACUCGAGCCGUGAAGUUCUUUCCAAAUGGUGAAGCUUUUGUUGUUUCAUCAAUUGAGGGACGUGUAGCGGUGGAGUACUGUGAUAUGUCGCCAGAGGUGCAGAAGGGCAAAUACGCAUUCAAAUGUCAUCGUGAGAAAGACAGUACCGGCAUAGAACUGAUAUAUCCUGUGAACUGCAUCACGUUUCAUCCCGUCCACAACACCUUCGUUACCGGAGGUUCUGAUGCAAUUGUGAACAUUUGGGAUCCAACGAAUCGAAAGCGAAUCUGUCAGCUACACAGGUUCCCAACAGGUAUCGUGAGUCUAUCAUUCAACACAACUGGCACGCAACUAGCAAUCGCAGCUUCAUAUAUGCAUGAAUUAAAAAAUAGCCCUAUUCCUGUACCGGAAAGUUGCGUGAUUAUGAGAAAAAUAACAGAUGUGGAAACGAAACCGAAAUAG